AUGGAGGUUUCUGUUGAGGAAAUGUCCCGAUACGUCUCGCCCAUAAAUCCGGCAAUGUAUUCCACCCUCACUCUGCUGCUGACCAGCAUAGGAGUCUUCUUCACGGCCUGGUUCUUCUCGACUCAAUUCACAAUGAGCAGAGAACUGAAGCACGGCAGGGUGGUCAACCGUUGCGUUUAUUACGGCUUCCCUAUAUCACGACGGACUAAUUAA